CGGGGAGGGGAGCGGGGGCUCGUCCGGGGGUAGCCGCCUCCGCCGCAGCCUGCCGGCGCCUCGAAACCCGGACCUGCCACCGCCUCUUCCUCCAGCGGCUCCAUCCGCCUCCCGCUCCUCGUCCUCCCGCCGCCCCCGCCGCCGCGGCCCCGGUGGCUGCCUCGGCGGACCCGGGAGGGGGCCCGUCCGCCGCCCGCUCGGCUCGGCUCGGCCCGGCCCGGGAGGCGUGCAUGCCCCUGCUGCCCGCGGCGCUUACCAGCAGCAUGCUCUAUUUCCAGAUGGUGAUCAUGGCAGGGACGGUGAUGCUGGCGUACUACUUCGAGUACACGGACACGUUCACCGUGAACGUGCAAGGCUUCUUCUGCCACGACAGCGCCUACCGCAAGCCCUACCCGGGCCCGGAGGACAGCAGCGCCGUGCCCCCGGUGCUCCUCUACUCGCUGGCCGCCGGGGUCCCCGUGCUGGUGAUAAUCGUUGGAGAAACUGCUGUGUUUUGCCUACAACUGGCCACAAGGGAUUUUGAAAACCAGGAGAAAACUAUUUUGACUGGAGACUGUUGCUAUAUAAACCCACUGGUGAGGAGAACUGUCCGAUUUCUUGGAAUUUAUACCUUUGGAUUGUUUGCUACAGAUAUCUUUGUAAAUGCCGGGCAAGUGGUUACAGGAAAUCUGGCCCCGCAUUUUCUCGCCCUGUGUAAACCCAACUACACGGCGCUUGGCUGUCAGCAGUAUACGCAGUUCAUCAGUGGGGAAGAAGCGUGCACGGGCAACCCGGAUCUCAUCAUGAGAGCAAGGAAAACGUUUCCAUCCAAAGAAGCAGCCCUCAGUGUCUAUGCAGCUAUGUAUCUGACAAUGUAUAUCACCAACACAAUCAAAGCCAAAGGAACAAGACUCGCUAAGCCUGUUCUGUGCCUGGGCUUAAUGUGUUUGGCCUUUCUCACUGGACUCAACAGAGUAGCAGAGUAUCGAAAUCAUUGGUCUGAUGUGAUAGCAGGCUUUCUGGUUGGAAUAUCUAUAGCAGUAUUUCUGGUCGUGUGUGUGGUAAAUAAUUUCAAAGGAAGACAACCAGAAAAUGAGCAUAUACACACGGAUAACCUGGCACAGAUGCCCAUGAUCAGCAUUCCUCGAGUAGAAAGUCCUUUGGAAAAGGUAACAUCUGUACAGAACCACAUCACUGCCUUUGCGGAAGUCACAUGAUAUUGAUGCCGACGGGCUCUCCCUGCACUGGACAUCGUCUGUUUUCACCACCCAUUCCAAGUGUGUUUGAUUACAAAAAAAAAAAAAGCUUAUAACGUUGUCUAAUGAUUUCUAUCAUUUAAGAUUCAGUGUCACCGUAUCUGUGUCCCCCACUAGACUGUGAGCUCCUCAAGGGCAGGACUGUGUCUUUCUUCUCUGUCUCCCCAGCACCUGCAGCAAAACCUCACACAAAGUAGGUGUUGCCUACAAAGUGAUGACCCAUGAACAAAUUCUGAAAUAAAGCGUUUACUUUACUUUCUCAUAGAACCACCUGAGACGAUGAGAAAAGAAACCUUUACCCAAGUCAUAUUUCUGUAAAAAAUCCCUCCAUUUUGAGCUCGUUAAGCUUUUUAAUUUUUCGUAGAUGUUCUAUUCAGCAGUAUACCGUGUUUCAUUGAAUGGACUUUGAAAGUCAUGGGGGCGUUUAUUUCACUCUUCAGCAUGACCUUAUUUCCGUUCUAACAGAUUUCAGUGUGUGACGUUACUUUACUUUUAGAAAGUAUGUUCUCUACUAAAAUGAUGUUUGCACAUAAUAUUAUGCUAUAUUUCACUUAAAAUACCAUUCCUACUAUAAAUUCUAAGACUGGUGCUUCUGCUUUUGAAGGGGAAAAUGCCAAUUUUUACUGUAAUAUGUAAUGUAUCAUAAUUAAAAAUUAUUUAUUUGGA